AUGCGCGACUUUACGCUUCCGUUCAAGCCCGAGGAGCUGCUGGCAGAGCCCAGCGAUGGUCGGCUCUGGGCUUCGGAUUUGCCAGCCGUGGAGAGCUGGUCUGACAAGGAGCUGAAUAAAGCGCUUGAUGGCCUGGUCGGUCGGCUCCUGGCAAGUCAGGGCAAGGACCUUGCGGAGGAGUCCAUGUUCUCCCUCCUUUUCGCCAUCCUCCAAGCUUGGCCAAGGCUUGAAGACAACAUCCCACCGCGAGUCGUGGACUUGCUCACCGACUCAGCUCGGCGUCUCAUCGCAGAGACCAGCCGACUGCGCAAGGGCACGAAGCCGGCCAAGGUGGACAAAGGCGUCGACGCCCAAUCAAAGGAGCUUCGAAACGCAUGCAAGGUAGCCGCCUUUUUCCUCCGUUGGACCACGGAGUACCUGAUGCAGCAAGGCGUCGCCGAAGCCCGCAAAGGCCGUGGCCGCGGUCGAGGUGUGAAGGCUGGGACGGCCCUGCAGCAGGCAGAGCAGGCUGCCGCCGCAGAGGAGGCGAAAGAGGCACUGAAAGCCCAGGAGCGCCAGCGGUGUGCCGUGCUCCAGGAACUUGCUGGCCUUGUAAACCGAGGAGCGAUGCCUUGGCUGUGGCUCAGUGAGCCCGCCUCGUGGCAGCAGGCGGCCACGGCUGUUUCAGACGCGGGCUUCUACGUCUUCGAUUCCGCGGAGGCUCUGAAGAGUCGCGAAACCCGGCAGACGGCCCUUCAGUGCAUCGUGGCACCCCUUCUUCAGGAGGGCCAGCAGCAUUCCAACCUCUUGGUGGCCACCGUGUCCAAGCUCAUCCAUGGGCUGCGGGUGGCGGAAGGGACUGCAGCCUUCACGGCAGAGUGUCUUCUCCAUGCACACACCACACCAUUGCCUCGACUCUUCCUGGUCGAGCUGACUCAGCACUGCGGCCAAGAGCUGACGGCCCAGGGCGCGUUCCAGCGCUCCCUGGCGGCUUUUCUGGUGGCCCUGGCAGAGCGCCUCCCUCAUGUCGUCCUGGCAAACAUUUCGGUGCUGCUUCCGCUGCUGGACGUGGAUUGCUAUCCCAUCCGCCAGGCCGAGCUGGGAUCCAGCCGCAAGCUACCAAGCGGGGCCCACAGCGUCCAGCCAGCUGCGGAUGAGACGGAAGAGGCGCAGGAGGAAGUGGUGCAGAGCAAUAGUGGCACAUUUGCCCUGGCUCCUGCGACGAAGACGGACUUGCCACUUGUCUUCGCCAGAGCAUGUUUCUUGAGGUUGGAGACGCUCUUCACGCGCUCUUUGGACAAGAGCGUUUGGGUCCGAUACCGCGUUUUGCAGACCUUGACGGGUCUGGCUUCGAACUCACGUUUGCCCAGGGAGCAGUGGCCGCGGGUGCUUGAUCUGGCCAUCCGUCGUAUGCAAGACACGGCAAGCAUGUCCAGGAAGGCGGCCAUGCAGUUGGUGCGCACUUUGGUGGAGUUUCAUCCCUACGGCCCCGCCUUGAAGGGAACCGGCGAUGAGCGGGUGAAGGCGGAGAAGCUGCUCACCGAAAUCCAUGACCGGCUGAAGAAGCUCAAGGCCGAGGAGCUCGCCGAGCUGGAGGGCAGGGAGCAAGAGGAGGAGGCAAACGAGGAGGCGCAGGAGCAGCCGGAGAAGCGGCGUCGCGUGAAGGGCAAGACGGAGACGGAGGUGAGCAUCGCAAAGGAGGUAGACAAGGACCUGUCCACAGAGAUCAGCUCCGACGACGCGCGCCAGGAGUCCCGCCAGAAGCAGCGUGAGGCCCUGCUCCGGAUGCAGGAGUGCUACGCGCAGAGGGUCCAGUUCGUGGAGUUGCUCGACUCGGCGGAGACACGGCUGCGUAGCCUGCUGUCCUCCAAGACGCCGACAGACGUCACAGAGGCCAUCGGCGUGGUCGUGGAGCUGCGUCUACGCGGCGUUCCUGCCGCGGCCCGGGCCUUCCAUCAGGUGCUGGGCCUUGUCUGGAGCCGCCACGCCCCCAUCAAGGACGCUGCUGUGGACGCCUUCUACCGUAUGCAUCUGGAAGGCCGGGAUGCGGCCUCGGCUGCGAUGGCCAUACUGAACAUCUACAAGGAUGGCCAUGCUGCCGGCAGCCUUACGCACACGCACCUUGCCAGCGUGCAGGAGCUCAUCCAGCAAGGAGCGGACAAGGAGCUGGUCUCCACCCGGGAGGUGAUGCCGACGCUGCUGGCAUCACUCAGCGAGCCCUCGAUGUCGGCCUUCGCCCUGCGGGCCAUGACGGCGCUGGUCCCCUCUUCGGCGGGGCACGCCGCGAUCUCCGCGGCACUGCCCAAGCUCAAGGAGUUCACCGCGCAGCACAAGCCGGCCUCUGCGGAGGAUCGCCUGGAGAGCCUGCGGCUUGUGUGCCAGCUCCUCAUGCGGUUUCAGGCCUCCAGCAAGAACCCCCUGCCCGAGCCAAUCUGCGCCGCCUUGCACGACAUCUCCCAGCAGGCCUUGCUCAUUGUGGUGCAGCACUUCGUCAGCGGCGAGGUUCCAGCCCACUGGUUCGGCGCUGCGCAGGCUACCAUGGACCUGUCCUUCGAGCUGGCAGCCCUGGGCAAGAGCGCGGUGGACGCCGCCCACCGCUCCCCUGACAAGGUCUGGGAGAACAUCCUGAACCGGAUGCUCUGCGGGCUACUGGGAGGAAUUUUAAGCCGGUUGGUCAAGCUUACUUUGUUCUUUCCGAAGCUACCUGUUUUGUGGGGCCCUUUCCAAGCUAUAAUCCAGGUUCGCCAGGUGUCUGUGCCGCAGCUGGGCUGCGUGGCUUUCGUUGCCGGCCAUUUGGCGCUGAGGAUGCUCAUCUUCCUCGAGGGCCUGCAGUCUGCACUGAAGAGGAAGCGCUUGGCGCAAGAGGAGGCCAAGAUCGCGGAACAGCGCGAGAAGAGCAAGGAGAAGAAGGCGGAGUCAGCUCAGAAGUGCUUUCCUGGCUCAGACCUGCGCAAGGCUGGAGGGAAGAAGGGCAAGGCCAACAAGGCAGACGAGGAUGAGGCGAGCAUGGGCGGCGUCGGGCAGGAGGAGCGCGAAGCGGAGGCUUUUGCCCAACUUGCAGAAAAUGGGCUGCUCUACAGCACCAAUCGCCUGCUGGACCGUGUGAAGCCGCUGCUGUUUGCCUGCCUCCUCAACAAGGACCUUCGCACGUACCCGUUGAUACGGAGGGUGGGGGCCAUCAGCCUCUGCAAGUUCAUGACCGUGUCGAAGCGCUUCUGCCAGGAGAACUUGCAGCUGCUGUUCUCGGUGCUCUUCCCCAAGUCGGGCAAGGGCCAGCUCACAGGGGCCGCUCCUGAGGAUGCCGUCAUGGGCCCUGGCGGGCUUUUGGAGGACCUCACCUUGCGACAGUCCCUGUUGGUGGCCGUUGGUGAUCUUCUUUUCCGACAUCCCAACGUGGUGGAGCCAUGGACUCUCGGCUGCCUGAAGCCUAGGACGGGCCGCCUUUACGCCACCUUGACUUCGACAGUUGAGAGCACUGAGGAGAGCGGUCAGAGUGCCUGCGAUCUGCGACUGACGGCGCUGUUGGUCCUGACGCACCUGGUCCUCAACGACAUGAUGAAGCCCCGGCCAGUGCUGCUGAUUCGGGCACUCUGGCUCACAGCCUGCAGCCACGAGGCCACAGCCCGGGUUGCUCGGAUCCUUUUCCAGGAGCUCUCCAAGCGCAGCACCAAUGUGGUCUACAACCUGCUUCCUGAGAUCGUGGCCCGGCUUCCCGAGCACGUCGCCGAGGUUGGCGUUGAGGGUGGGGCCACUGGGCGUGUGCAGUACAUCAUGCAGUUUGUCGAGAAGGAGAAGCACAUCGAGGGCCUCAUCGAGAAGUUCUCCUUACGGCUGGAGCAGUGCGCUGGUGGUUCUGGCAGCCACACGGAACCAACUGCGACCCAGGCAGAGCCAGAAAUGGACGCAGAGGACGUGGGCCCCGUGCGGGUAGAGGACACCAUCUCCUGCCUGGCGCAUGCUCUUGGAGCCAUGAACUACUCCGAUCGAUGCAUCCUGCGCCUGCAUGAUGUCAUCGUGGUGCGGAAGGCGCUAAACCUCAGCUUGUCUUACCACGCCGUGGUCAGAGAGUGCAUCCUCGGAGUCGUGGAAAAGGCCCGCAAGCCCCGGCAGGGCAAGGAGAAGGGUGAGAGCGCACCCGCUGAGCCCGAUGCCGCCGCUCCCGAAACUGGCGGCGCCAAGGGUGCAAGUGCUGCGGCUGCAGCUGCGCUGGAUGCCCUGGAGCAGCUGAUCAACACCCUGGCUCACGGAAAGGACGAGUCCAAGGAAGAGGCCCCAGCCAUUGCCGUCCGCAAGCCGGGCAACGCCCCUGCCAAGAAGAAGCAGGACGCCAAUGCCGAGCCGGGCUUCGAGCCUGAGAAAAAGGAGAGAAGUGGCAAAGGCCGUGGCAAGGGCCGUGGCAAGGCUCGAUCUGCCGGAAAGGAAAACCUUCCCACAAAUGCUCCGAACAAGGGCGGCCGGAAGCGCAAGGCUGACAAGAGGGCGGACGACGACGACGAGGAUUACGAGUGA